AUGGAUGACUUUACUUCCUCUUUGAUUCCUUUACAACAAGACGAUGAUUCCCAGCUUUUUCCAUAUGACCUUACAGUCCCUACCAUUCAUCCUUGCCUAGACGACACUAUCCAUCAUCAAGAUCUGGGAAAUCAGGCUGCAUCCUCACUUGCUCCCCAUCAACAGCAGCAUUACGAUCAGGUGACCAGCAUCGAUGACGAUGACAAUAACAACCACCACCCCAGGGGAAGGCAGCGAAAAAAACCAUCAUCAGCUAUUCCAGCUGAUAACAAUGAUCCUGAUGACAGCAAGCAGAAAAGAGCAGCUCAUAGGGAUGUUGAGCGUCUAAGGAGGCAAGAAAUGGCUAAUCUUUAUGCUUCUCUCAGGAAUCUACUUCCUCUUGAAUACAUAAAGGGAAAGCGUUCAAUGUCUGAUCAAGUUCAUCAGGCAGUUAACUAUAUAACACACAAGGAAAAGAAUAUUAGGGAAUUGAAGGUAAAGAGGGACAAGCUUAGAAAUUUGAUGGGUGGAUCGAGCGAUCUGAACGUCAAAAGUGUUGAGGAAACAAACUCCUCGUCUACUACGUUCACAGUCAAGCAAUGCGAGAGUGGUGGUAUCGAGAUUCUGAUGAAGAAUGAUUUGGCAGGUAACUGCUUUCCUCUAUCAAGGGUACUGGAUAUGCUGCUUGACGAGGGUCUUAAUGUUGUAAACUGUGUCUGCACAAAAGUCGAUGAAAAUUUUCUUUACACAAUCCAAACUGAGGUACAGUUUCUGAAGAUUUCAAGUUUCCUGCUUGCUUUUUGUAAGGUUCUCAUUUAG